AAAUCAAAUAUUUGCGGAGAGACAAAGCAGAGGUAUCGGUUUGCGAUAGAAAAGCCUUGGAGAAGAGGUCUUCCUUCUUCUUCUAACUUCCCUCCUCCCUCUUAUACGAUGCCGUAUCACCCCUCUCCUUCUACCAAUCUUCAACGUCUUCGUCUCGUCUGACGAUUGAAUUAGCUCUUUUCUCCGUAAAGAUCUCCUUCGCGCGUGAGAGAGCCAUGCCUACUUUCUCUGCAAUUGCUUUGGAUAGAAUGAUAGAGCCAGGUGCUUCCACGUCUCUCCACACAAAGUCUUCCUACUAUUACUCCAAGCCACCAAUCUCUAAGCCAGAGAAAGGCAAAGGCAAGUUACCUGAUCAGAAGACGACCACAUUCACUCGUCCUCAGAUGUCACCGUCUCUCUACGCAACUCCUGAUGCUAUCCCACUACCUAACUCUCCCUCUUCAUCUUCCUUCCCACCGUCUCCUUAUAUCAUCAACCACAAAUCACGCGGCCCGCCGCGUCUUUUGAAAAGCUCCUCUGAAGCUAAUGUGGCUUCUAAUAAGCCUCUGGAAGAUGAAGGUGUUGUUACUGAUGUGAAGGCUUCACCUCGGAGGAAGUCCACCUCUUUCUCGUUUCCUAUCAGCGAGGGUACUGGAGAGGAUUUUGAUUGUCAAUUUGGAAACUUUAAUUUUGAUGGGAAACUUGGUGAUGGGAAGUCGGAGAUGGAUAAUGCUGCUAAUGAUUUAGAAUGGGAGAACAGUAUGCAGGAGCCUGUAACUGCCAAAGCUGAGAAGGAGAGUGAGUCUGAAGAUUUUUAUGAUCCAGGUGAGUCAGCAAGCUUCACGAGUAACACGGAUGCAGGAGAGGACGGUUCACACAGACUUGCUACUCCUGUGGGAGAGUUUUAUGAUGCUUGGGACGAGCUAUCAACAGACAGUGGAAUGCAGAGUUCAGUUAACAACAACAUGGAAACUGAACUAAGGGAGAUUAGGCUGAGUUUACUGAUUGAAAUCGAGAAGAGAAAACAAACUGAGGAGGCUCUGGAGCAGAUGCAAACCCACUGGCAGAGAAUCCGUGAGCAGUUAGCCCAGGUUGGUGUGUUCGUUCCUAUUGAUCCUACAAACUCCACAAACAACAUGAACCUAUCAGAAGAGCUACGCUGCCAACUCGAGGUUGCUAGGUUUGUCUCCGACUCUCUAGGCAGAGGUAUGGCCAAGGCUGAGGUAGAGAUGAAGAUGGAAGCUAUGCUCGAAACUAAGAACUUUGAGAUCACACGUUUGUCUGAUCGUGUACACUACUACGAAGCUGUGAACCGUGAAAUGUCUCAACGAAACCAGGAGGCCAUAGAGGUGGCACGACGAGAAAGACAGAAGAGAAAGAAGAGGCAGAGAUGGAUAUGGGGAUCAAUUGCAGCAACCAUUACUCUAGGAAGCGCAGCAUUGGCAUGGUCUUACGUUCCUGCCUCCAGACCAUCAUCAGAAGCGUCACAGACUCUCAAGGAUGAUUAA